GAUGAGGUUUCACAAAAUUGACUGCAUGCACCAGUCUUAGGCUAGAGUAAAGUAUCAAUCACCGGACGUCAUCAUAUGUCGGACACCGAUAUCGUCAAAACUACAAAAGAUACAGACACCAUUCAAAGACCAUUUUAAAGCUAAUCUGAAAGAAAACGCUGUCCGGUGGUAGCGAUUGUCAGACAAAAACAACGUAAGUUCGGACAGUGCUGAUAUUCUCACCAGUAAGGACUCCUGCGAAAAUGUAAGAACUGAGCACUAUAGCGGAACUCUUUAGCUAGCUGCAGACCAAAAAUGAAGCUCAAACUCCUAUCAGGCUCUGCACUACACUCAGUUGAACUGGUAAAGGUAUCUCGAUCAAUAAAUCGGACAUUGCAGUUAUGAUCAAUAAUAUUUAUUAACCGGACAAUCUUACAAAGGCCACUUUUGAACCAUUUCUCUUUUAUACAGCACAUGAAAAUGGCUCGGAUGAUCGACUUGCACUUUCGAAUAUCUGGAGCAAGGUCACGUGAUCACGAUCUUCACCGUUCCAACUCUAUAUAUAUACCAGCACACGGAAUUUUCAGAGUCUAGGAGGACACCCAUGCAGAAGAGGGGGUAAACCACCACACAAUACUGUUACAGUACGUACAGUAGGCACUCUGGGAGUCAAAGCUACUAGCUGCUGACGAUCGAGACUAAAUCUACCUCCGAUGUUGCUACGUCUGCAAAGGGCAUCACAGAAGACGAUAAGAAGAAGGUGUAAAGCAAUGCUCAAGGCUGUAAGUACACUUGGAGUCAAAGGUUUGUUUAAUGACUACCUAAUACCUCCGUAUAUAGUAUUACGUCUGUAAAGGGUAUUACCAAGGGCUUAUAAAGAGAAGAGGGCAUGCAACUACAAUCUAUCGUAUUAUAAAUAGGCGGAUGCUUAUGUCUAAAAAUAGUUGUUGCACGUGCACUUUAUACUCUAGACUAUAGCCUUGUUUUACUCCAGCGCCCAAGACUGUAGAAGUCAAAGGUUAUAUAGUUCAUUGCCCAGUCCCAUUUCGUGUUAAUUGUGUUUAUGUAUCCAAUUUUCCAGCUAUACUCUUGACGAGACUAGAUCUACUUCCGAUGAUGUUACGUCUGUUAAGAGCAUCACAGAACCCAUGCAAGAGGUCUCUCAGAAGAGAAGUGCCCAAGGCUGUAUAGGCACACUGGGAGUCAAAUCUAUACUUCUGACGAGACUACCACCAAUGGUUCAUGCAGAUCUACGUCUGCAAAAGUCAUACAAAUUUUCAGGGUCAAAAAGGACACUCAAAAGAGGGAGUGAACCAGAACCCAAGGCUGAAGGCACUCUGGAAGUCAAAGCUACUUCUGAUAAGACUACCUCCGUUGUCCAAGGCAUCAAAGGGUUCAAAAUGACACUCAGAAGAGGGAGUAAACCAGCGCCCAAGGCUGCAAGCACUCUGGGAGUCAAAGUGUGGUUUCCGUUUGUGUGAAGGUCCGCCAGUCACAAGAUCUGUUAGGUAGAUCAGAGUACAACAAAGAACAUUGAACAUUGUUUAUCAUGAUUGAUGUAUACGUUUUGUUUUAUAUUAAUAGAGUCAGCAAGUUGCAGAAAAGUAUAAUAUGCAAA